GUGCUGGAUGAGCCUUGGAGAGCCACCAACUACUCCAACAGUGCGAAUGUGAGGUGUGAUCAGUACGUCACGUGGGUCGGCUGGUACAGGCUCAAGUAUCAGGGACAAAACGUCCGGAUGCCAGAGUCAUGUGUAAAUGUUCUCAUGUGUGGCACUCACGCCCCCCUCUGGAUCAAUGGCAUUCAUCCUCAACUGCAGGACGGAGUGGUCACCCGCCAAGUCUGCGGUAGCUGGAGCGGCAACUGCUGUUACUUCACAUCCAAUCCUAUUCGAGUGAAAGCUUGCCCAGGAAAUUACUACAUCUAUGAGUUUGUCAGACCAUCUGCCUGUCAUUUGGCAUAUUGUGCAGAUGUUGGAGGAGUAACACCAACACCUACCUACCAAUCCCCACCAAGUACAGGAGUAACAACCUCUACUGUGACAGUUUCCAGCAGUACUGACCCGUGCUAUAACUACACUGUGCUGGAUGAGCCUUGGAGAGCCACCAACUACUCCAACAGUGCGAAUGUGAGGUGUGAUCAGUACGUCACGUGGGUCGGCUGGUACAGGCUCAAGUAUCAGGGACAAAACGUCCGGAUGCCAGAGUCAUGUGUAAAUGUUCUCAUGUGUGGCACUCACGCCCCCCUCUGGAUCAAUGGCAUUCAUCCUCAACUGCAGGACGGAGUGGUCACCCGCCAAGUCUGCGGUAGCUGGAGCGGCAACUGCUGUUACUUCACAUCCAAUCCUAUUCGAGUGAAAGCUUGCCCAGGAAAUUACUACAUCUAUGAGUUUGUCAGACCAUCUGCCUGUCAUUUGGCAUAUUGUGCAGAUGUUGGAGGAGUAACACCAACACCUACCUACCAAUCCCCACCAACCAUCGGAGGAGCAACAACAACAACAUCAACAAGUACCUACCAAUCCUUGCCAAGUACAGGAGUAACAACCUCUACUGGUCAUUUCUAUCCUUAUGGAGUUGGAGACUCAGUGAAUGGACGGAUAGAUGAUGGAAGCUCCUCUACUGUUUUUCUUGUGCAGCCAUUUACAUUCUUUGGGAAAACAUACAGUCAGUUAUAUGUUAACAACAAUGGCCACUUGACCUUUGAUCAGCCAUGGAGCAUCUACACCCCCUACCAGUUUCCUGCUAACGGUGGACGAGACCUCAUUGCCCCAUUUUGGACAGACCUUGAUAAUCGUGGAAAUGGUGUUGUCUCGUAUCAGCAAUACACUGCUGGCAAUGUUCUCACACAGGCUACACGGGACAUAAACCAGCAUUUUCCUCAGCUGUAUUUCAAUGCAACUUGGGUCUUUGUUGCAACUUGGGAUAGAGUAGCUUACUACCCUUACUCAGGCACGGAAACAUCUUUCCAAGUUGUUUUGAUUUCAGAUGGUCAGCUCUCUUUCAUACUAAUGAACUAUGGUCAAAUUGCUCCAACAAGCAGGACUGUACAGGCUGGUUAUGACACAGAUGACUCCAGCUACUAUUUCUCAAUUCCUGGGUCAUUUCAGUACAACUACAGUAUCUUUACAUACAGCACCAAUGUCAAUGUGACAGGCAGAUGGGCCUUCCGUGUGGAUCAUGGUUCACAGAGAUGUCAAUUUAACAACAACCCCGUCCCACAGGGUACCUCUUUCUGGAAAGAUGCCUCUUGCCUGGAGAGGUGCACCUGCACACGCAGGGGUCUUCAGUGCAGCUCACAGCCCUGCACCUUCUCUCAAGCCUGCCGUCGUGCUGCUUUCCAGUAUAGCUGCCAAAAUAUUCAACGCCAAACCUGCACCAUUUCUGGUGACCCCCACUACUACACAUUCGAUAACCAGAUCUUUCACUUUCAAGGGACCUGCACUUAUGUCCUGUCUGAGGCCUGUGGCGAUGGGUUGCCGUACUUUCGGGUUGAAGGAAAGAAUGAGAAUCGGGGUAGCACGCGGGUGUCAUGGACACGUUUGGUCAGAAUAUUUGUCUAUGAUGAAGAAUUAGAACUGGUGAAAAAUCAUCGAUAUGACGUGAAGGUGAAUGGGAGCUUUGCAGCAACACCGUUCAGCCUCCGCAAUGGCUCCAUUCAAGUCUAUCAGUCAGGUUUCUCUGUGGCUGUCAGUACUGAUUUUGGCUUAGUUGUUACAUAUGAUGCGUAUUCCUAUGUGACCAUCAGUGUGCCUUAUGACUAUCAGAAUGCCACAUGUGGCCUGUGUGGUAAUUUCAACCACCACCCCGAAGAUGACUACCGUACACCUACAGGACAGAUCUUGAGCUCAGAUGUGGAAUUUGCAAACUCUUGGAAGGCAGCAGGGGACACAGAUCCUGGCUGCCAGAAUAGCUGGUGCUCAGGUCUGAUGUGUGCUUCUUGUACCACUGCUCAGAGAAUUCUGUACAGUAACUCAAACUACUGUGGAAUCAUGGCAAAUUCUACUGGCCCUUUUGCAUCUUGUCACUCAAGACUGGCACCCCAGACCUUUGUAGAGAAUUGUAUCUAUGAUCUUUGUGUGGGAGGAGGUUACCAGCCAAUCCUGUGCCAGGCACUUAAUGUGUAUGCUGCUCAGUGCCAGCAGCAGGGCAUUCAGCUAGGCCAGUGGAGAAGACAAGGAUUCUGUGAAAUUCCAUGCCCUCAGUACAGUCACUUUGAGUCCCAGGGCACAGGCUGUCCUGCAACCUGCAGUAACCCUUCUGCACCUGUAAACUGUCCCUUGCCAAGCCAGGAGAGUUGUAUUUGUGAUGCUGGAUAUGUCCUAAGUGCUGGAGAGUGUGUUCCUCAAGCUAACUGUGGCUGUUCAUUUGAAGGACUCUAUUAUGCUAACGGUCAAUCAGUGGUAUUGGACAAUGACUGUGGGAGGCUGUGUACAUGCAACAACAGAAUAAUGAGCUGCCAGAAUCACCGGUGUGGUCCACAGGAGAUGUGUGCAAUCCAUGAUGGAGUGAGAGGCUGCAGACCAAUAAGUUACUCCACCUGUUGGGUUGAAGGACCAGGCUCAUAUCACACCUUUGAUGGACUAACGUUCAGCUACCCAGGAGCCUGUGGGCUUACCCUCUCUAGGGUGAUGGGACCAUCCCCACUUCCUAACUUUGCUGUAACAGUCCAGAAACAGCUCAGAGGCCCUCAGGACUUUUCCAGAUUGCUGAAGUUUGAGGCAGAGGGAACUCAGGUCACCAUAGAAAUGAGAGAGGGAGGAACAGCAACAGUGGAUGGACAGGCAGUUGCUUUACCAUUUAGUGUUGGCACUGGCCGAAUCCGUAUAUUUCACAGCAGUGUGAAGGGUAUAAUCAUGGAAACCACCUUUGGGGUAACUGUGCGAGCUGACUGGCCACACCUAAUUAGAAUCACUGCACCCAGCAACUACAAUGGCACACUUGGUGGUCUGUGUGGGAAUUUGAAUGGAUACCGUGGAGAUGAGUUCCUCAGCCCUGUUGGAAUCUUGCUGAAUGAUUCACAGGCAUUUGGGAAUAGCUGGCGGGAUGGGUCUCUCUCAGCCUUCUGUGAAGAAUCAACAAACAACUGGCAAAGAGGAUAUUAUCAGAACAACAGCCAGUUCCAACAGCAGUGCAGCAUUAUGGCUUCAGCAUACGGACCGUUUGCUGAGUGCCACAGCAGCCUGGAUCCCAGUGUCAGGAUAGCAGACUGCAUCAGUUUUCUGGAACAGACAGGGGGCGCAAAAGAGGCUUUGUGUGAGGCCCUGCGAGGGUACGCCGUCCUUUGUCAGCAAAAUGGUGUUGCUGUGCGAGAAUGGAGAAAUAUAACUAAUUGUGAGUUCCCCUGUCCAACCAAUAGCCACUAUGAGCUGUGUGGUACUUCCUGCCCAGCAGCCUGCCCCAGUCUGUCUUUCCCCUUUUUGUGCACCCAACACUGCCAGGAAGGAUGCCAGUGUAAUGAUGGCCUACUGCUAAGUGGAGACCGUUGUGUGCCCCCUACUGGCUGUGGCUGUCUUCAUGAAGGGCGCUACAGGCAGGGUGGAGAACGUUUCUGGCACGGUGAAGAGUGCCAGUCCCUGUGUACCUGUGAUGGGACCACAGGUUUCGUCCGCUGUUCUCCAUCAUCUUGCAGUGAGCAGGAAACCUGUCGUAUUGUUGGGGGAGAAUAUGGUUGCCACCCUCUACCCCGUGCUACCUGCUCUGCUUCAGGAGAUCCCCACUAUACCUCUUUUGACGGACGGACAUUUGACUUCCAGGUCACCUGCAGAUACGUACUGGCAACUGUAUGUAAUGAUACUCGAAGGCUACCAUAUUUCCAGGUUGUUGCAAAGAAUGAAGCUUGGCGUGGACUUCCAGUGUCAAUCACUGUGGAUGUUUAUGUCAAUGUCUCAGGGCAUAUGGUGCAUGUUUCACGCAACAUGCGUGGUACUGCUGAGAUUGAUAGUCAGACCAGGAACCUUCCUGUCCUGCUUGAUUCUGGACGUGUUUCCAUUUACUCCAGUGGACAGAACACAUUUAUCACAACUGACUUUGGCCUAAGUGUGAGUUACGAUGGUUCGUGGGUUGUGCGUAUCACUGUCCCAGCUAAUUACAGUGGAGCCACAUGCGGCCUGUGUGGUAACUUCAAUGGCCAGAGGGGUGACGAUUUCCGCAAACGAUCAGGUGCACUGGCUUCUUCAGCUUUUGAGUUUGGAGCUGACUGGAAAGUGGAGAAUGACACAUUGUGCAGCGAUGGAUGUGGAGACUCCUGUUCAUCAUGUCAAAAUCCAGUUGAGGCACGGGCCCAGUGUCAGAUCCUCAAGGACAGCCAGGGUCCAUUGAGCUUCUGUCAUGCCACUGUGGACCCCCAGGCCUACUUUGAUGACUGUGUGUUUGAUUUAUGCAUCUCAGGGUACAGACAUGAUGCACUGUGCCGUUCCAUCCAAACCUAUGUGAGUGCCUGCCAGUCUGCCAAUGUCUUUAUCUACCCCUGGAGAGAGAACACAACCUGCAGAAUGGACUGUCCUGUGAACAGCCACUAUGAGCUGUGUGGCACAGACUGUGGUCAUACCUGUGCUAGCAGCAUUGAUGCUGUAUGUCAGCGGACAUGCUCAGAGGGCUGUUUCUGUAAUGAGGGCUUUGUGAGGAGUGGAGGACGCUGUGUUCCAGUGGAACAAUGUGGCUGCUUGUACAAUGGAUUCUAUUAUCACAUUGGUGAGCAGUUCUGGACCCCAGGAUGUUCACAACGCUGUGAGUGCUUUGCUCCCAAUGACCUGCGCUGCUACUCUGCCUCCUGCUCUCCCACCCAGGAGUGUGUGGUCAGGAAUGGCCUGCUUGGCUGCUACAGCAGAAUGUCUUCAUGCAUGGUCUGGGGUGAUCCCCAUUACUUUACCUUUGAUGGGGCUGUCGCCACCUUCCAGGGAACUUGUUCAUAUGAGAUCUCAAAGACCUGCUCAAAUGUCUCAGACAAUGGCAUAAAUUUCCGUGUGGUGGCAGCUAACAUGCACCGUGGGAACAUGGCUGUGUCCUUUGCAUCUAAAGUGGAUGUGUGGCUAACUCAGUGGGGACAACAGACACAGAUAACUAUUGGACAAAACAAGAGAGUGAAGGUUAAUGGGACAGACAUGAGCUCAUCUGCUUUUCAAAUCAACUAUUUUGCAGAAGUGCAUCAGGAACAAGAUUUUGUGGUUGUGAAUGCAUCAAACGAGCUCAUGGUCUACUUUGAUGGUCGUUACACACUUUCAGUGAAACUGGGCCCGAGCUUCCAGGGAUCUGUUUGUGGAAUGUGUGGCAACAACAAUGGAGACCCUGCAGAUGACAAAGCUACGCCCAGUGGAGCUCUCGCACCCAAUGACAAUGUUUUUGGCAACAGCUGGAGAUCAAUUAACAGUGCUGCAGGGUGUGGAGCUAAUGACCGGACAGGUGAUGUGAACGACUGCCCUUUUAGACAGGAGUACUCUGAACUCUGUAGCAUCAUCAGCAACACCAGUGGACCCUUCCAGCCCUGCCAUAUCCAUGUCAACCCUGCUGUUUACUACAAUUCCUGUGUGUAUGACCUAUGUGUCUACUCAUCAGCCAAUGGUAUGCUGUGUUCAGCUCUGGAGGCCUAUGAAGUUGCUUGCACCACAAUAGGGAUCCAGAUCUCAGACUGGCGGUCUGGUCUAGCUUGCUCGAGGGUGGAUCCCUGUGCAGGGCUGAGCUGCACUGCAGAUGAGUGGUGUGGGGAGAAAGAUGGCAUCUAUGGCUGCUUCUGUAAUGAGGAUCAUCCUAGACCGAAGCUUGAGUCUUACGACUCCAGAGAAACCUGUGAGAGCAGCUCUGGCACCAUGUCUCUGUCCCGCUGUCAGCUCUUUGAAGCAGGUUUCACUGCUAACAUCCUGCAUCUGAGUGACCCCAACUGCAACGGAACUCUCCAAAAUGGCAGACUGGUGUUCCACUUUGAUAACGAUGACAACAUCUGUGGCACAAAUCUCACGGCCAAUGGCACACACUUCAUGUACGAGAACUUUAUCCAGGGAGUAGUGGACUCAGCAGGAGGAUUCAUCAACAGAGAGAAACGUCUGAAUCUGCACUUCUCAUGCAUUUACCAGCUUAGCCAGACACUUACCAUGGACACAGAACUAAAUCCCCUGCAGAGCAUAGUGCACAAGGACCUUCCAAACGGUCAGGGGUUGUAUCAGGUCAGGAUGACUCCCUUCCAGGAUGCUGCCUUCUCCCACCCUUACAACGGUAGUGCAUACAUAGAAGUGGACCAGCGGAUCUACGUUGCAGUGAUUGUUCAGGGAGUUGACAGCCGUCAGAUUGCCACAGUCAUAGACUCAUGUUGGGCCACUCCUGUCAAUGACCAGAACUUCGGUGUCCGCUGGAACCUCAUCGUUAAUAGAUGCCCUAACCCAAAAGAUAUCACAGUGGAUGUUUAUCAGAAUGGUGUCUCCACAAUCGGCCGUUUCUCCUUCAAGAUGUUUGCCUUUAAUGGCUACCGCAAAGUUUUCCUUCACUGCGCCAUCCACCUUUGCCUUCUGCAGAAGAACAACUGUGCAGCGCGCUGCUUCCCUGAACACCGUUUCAGAGUUGGUCGUUCUGUGGACAUGCAUGACAAAACCUCCAUCUCUGUUGGUCCUUUUAUCUGGGCUGCUGAAAGUGCAGGCGUGUAGAUCCCAGAGAUACCGAUACUUCUCCCAAGGCCAUCUGAAUGAAAACUUCAUGAGUGAAGAUUUUACACAACUCUUAGUUAAUCUCUUUGCAAUUAAUAGGGCACUAAUGUAACACUGUAUGGGCUUUUCUAAUUAAUUAAUGUUGCAGUCAAUAAUUAUUUGCUUCCAUAAAUAGUUGAUUUUAAUUGAUUUUAAAUAUGUAAUGCAUUUUUCACUGUGAUUACAUUUUGAAAACUCCUUAAAUUGUUGUCUUUCCAAAUGUGGAUUCAAUUAUAAGGUUCAUCUUUAUGACUACAUUUUACAUCUCAAUAAAUUCUCUGCAUGCCAAAAGGGUAUAUGCCAUCUAUAGUAUCAUUUCUUUAAAUUGGUUAUAGGCUAUUGUACUAAUGAUCAUAGGUAGCCAGAGCUGUACCUGAUGUGUUUUGUGUAGAGGGCGAACAACAAUUGUUACAGAAAAGUUCUCUGGGUUGCUUUUAUGCUGCACAUCAAGUCUGAGCUGCCAUCACUGACCUUCAUUAGUUUGGGCUUAACCCAAAAUAAUGGGCUUCAUGGUAUUUACGGCACUGCAAAAGUCAAAUAUUAUUUAUUACACAUGCCACAAUCUUUGGGGGCUAUUUGGGAGGGCAGAGUACAAUGGGAAAGACUUUUUCUCUAUUAUCAAAGGAAUUGACAAAGAAAUAUUUGUAUAAAUCAUACCUUGUUUUGUCCUACUUAUCAGAAUAUAUGAUAAAUGUUUAAAGAU